AUGAGGGAGGCUGUCCCUGCCCCACCUGAGUGUGAGAGGGUGUGUGUGUUUGGGACGGGGGACCUGGGGCGCUCUCUGGGCCUGCGUCUGCUGCAGGCGGGGUACGGGGUGGUGUUCGGCAGCCGACGGCCUCACAGCAGCAGCCUCAUACCCCACGGAGCACAGGUCCAGGGCCAUGCUGCAGCUGCCCAGUCAGCCCAUCUGAUCUGCAUCGCUGUCCAGAGAGAACACUAUGACUUCCUGGUACCACUGGCCAAUCAGCUUAAGGGGAAGGUGUUGGUGGAUGUCAGUAACAACUUGAGGAAGAAUCAGUACCCAGAGUCCAACGGAGAAUACCUGCAAAGUCUGGUCCCUGGAGCUGAGGUGGUUAAAGGCUUCAACACCCUGUCUGCCUGGAGUCUGCAGAAUGGACCUUCAGAUGCCAACAGACAGGUGUAUAUCUGCGGAGACAGUGUGGAGGCCAAGCAGGUGGUGAUGGCGGUAGCCACCAAACUGGGUCUCAGUGCCCUGGACCGGGGAUCUCUCUCAGUGGCCCGGGAGCUGGAGGACUUCCCCCUGCAGCUGUUCCCCCAGUGGAGGCUCCCCCUGCGCAUUGCCAUCGGCCUCAGCGCUGCCUUCUUUUUCUACCUGCUGAUCAGAGACAUCAUCUAUGCAUACGCCACCCAGGGCAAAGACAUCUCCUUCAGAAUCAUGGUCUCACUGGCCAACAAGGUGUGUCCCAUCGUGUCUCUGAUCAUGCUGUCUCUCUGUUACCUGCCUGGUGUCCUGGCUUCCUUCCUGCAGCUCUACAGAGGCACCAAGUACAGGCGCUUCCCUGAUUGGCUGGAUCGCUGGAUGCUGUGCAGGAAACAGCUGGGUCUACUGUCGCUGGGGUUCGCCUUUCUGCACGUGCUCUAUACACUGAUCUUACCCAUACGGUACUAUCUGAUGUUCUGGGUCACUGAACACACUGUCUCUCUGAUCAGAGAGAACAGGACCACAAUGUUUGAUACCACAACGGCCUGGCGUGGUGACUCCUACUUGUCCCUGGGAAUUCUGGGAUUUGGCCUGUACGUCCUAUUGGGAAUCACAUCUCUUCCCUCCGUCAGUAACGUUCUCAGCUGGAGGGAGUUCAGCUUCAUACAGUCCAAGCUGGGUCACCUGACUCUGCUGUUGUGUACUGCUCACACCUACCUGUAUGGCUGGAACAGAUUCCUGAGUUCCUCCAUCUACAAGUGGUACACCCCACCGGGCUACAUGCUGUGUCUGGUGCUUCCCUCUGUGGUGCUGCUGCUCAAGCUGCUGCUCAUCACCCCCUGUGUGGACCGAACCAUCACCCGCAUACACCAGGGAUGGGAGAGGGGGGGGGGCAGAUCAGAGGAACCCUAAAGACAGCCAACCACUGAUACCUUAGAGGACACACACAGAUACACAGACACACACAGACAAAAUAACACCCUCAGUGUGAUGAUAGAUUUGUCUUCAAGGCAUGAACUCUUGUUUCUUUGUUCUGGCUAUUUCACCCUCAGAGGUUGGCUACCAUUCAAUCGUUUGCCAUGUUUCUGGGAUCAAAAACUAACAAUAUCAUUUAAUUGAUAUGCAGUUGUAUUUCUUUUUGUAUUACACUAAACAUUGUUGCAUUUUAAUGGAUAUAUUUUCAACCGCACGAAAACCAGACACUAGUUCUCUCUCAUGUAAAUAGAAUGGUGUAAGCUCUCUCUCUCAUAUUCUCUUACUGUAUAUCCUCUCUUUGACUGUAUAGUUAUCCCCAGAUGAAACAGGUUUGAGACGCAUCUAAGUUUAAAUUUAUAUUUUGUGUCGGAGGCCUCAUUGACUGGCCCAAGAAAUAAUGGGGUGAGCCUCGUCAUUGAAAAUAUUGAUCCUGAAGUGCUGCAGCAGGUCACUUCUCCAGACUCUGUUCUAACAAGGCUGGACAUUUUUUUUUAUCUCAAAGGAGAAGAUUCGUGAUUGCUGCUUCAUUUGAUCUUCCCUCCUUCAUAAUGGGGGUGUGUCAGGAAGCCUCUUUUCAAUGUUCCAUCAAGAGCGUCUGCUACUUCUCCAGGGGCAGGUCAGACACAAAAACUCAGUGUGAUGCUCUCUGGGGCAGAGUGUUGUCAUUUCCUCCAGAAAACAGACAGCAUCGAGCUCAUCACCGUGCACUUUCACCACCCUGUGACGUUCGUCAUAACUUAUUUAAUCUGUAGACAAACUGCAUGCUUUCCCGAGUCGUAAUGGGAGGACCACACACACUGUCAUUGUGUGACUCCAUGUUUACUUCGAUAUAAUAAAUAUAUCAAUAUUUGCACAUAAAGGUGUUUCCACCCUCAUUUCUUGCAUUAUUUGAGACAAAAAAAAAAAGAUCCCAUCUUGUCCAGCGUGUUUUGUCACAUUUGGAAGGUUUACUGACAAAUGUGCUGUUGUCAUCAGGCCUGUCAUGACAUUUAUCUGAGAGUUCACACGCAUAAAAAAAAAGGUUGGAUGGAAACCUGGUUUAUGAGGAAACUAAAACUGCACAGGUGAAUAAUGCAGGCUAUUUAAAAUGGACCAUACCAUUUAAAUAUACCCUUAAAUUUGUUAAUGCUCAAAUAAAGUUUCCACAUUGUAAA